AUGACAGGUCUUCUCACUUUAAACAGAAGCUUAACCAGGCUGGACAUCGCGGCAAAUAAUCUAUCUGGCGAAGCCGAAACAACACUGUUGAGCGCAUUAGAGCGAAAUAAAAAAAUAAAAAAUAUUGAUUUGCGCAGAACACAUAUAUCAGAAGAAACCCUGGCAAAAGUUAAUGAAUUUCUAGAGCGUAACAGAACCCUUAUGGGACAAGAAAUAGAAUCAUAUGAAGAAAUACCACCUCUAUAUCUUAACGAACCAGAGUACCUCAUAUGGGACUAUAAUCCCAAUAACCCCGACCACAUACCUGGCCGAUAUCCAGACAGGGUACCUGAAGUU